CUUAUAUAUAUAUAUAUAUAAAUACUCAAGCCCUUCAACCCUAAAAUGAUACCAUAAACCAUUCCAAUCCAACUUCCUCUGCUACAUGCUCUUCAUCUCUUUUCUCUGAUCACAUAUCUCAUACACAAAUAACUUCUCUACCUAAUUCAAGUAACCUUACACUUACUAUAUAUAGAUAUAUAGAUGGAUCGUGUGGCGAAAUUGGCAUCACAAAAGGCAGUGGUGAUCUUCAGCAAGAGUUCAUGUGGGAUGUGCCACGCGAUAAAGCGACUAUUCUACGAGCUUGGGGUGGGUCCCACAAUAUAUGAGGUGGACGAGGAGUCGAGAGGGAAGGAAAUAGAGUGGUGUCUGAUGAGACUAGGGUGCAACCCUUCUGUGCCAGCAGUGUUUAUUGGUGGCAAGUUUGUGGGUGCACCCAACACAGUGAUGACCCUUCACCUCAAUGGCUCACUAAAGAAAAUGCUCAGAGAUGCUGGAGCACUGUGGCUUUAAUUGGAACAUGCAUGCUAAUUGAGUUGUACGUCCUUCUUUUAUUAUAUUUUCUUUACACAACCUUCUUUUAGAAAAAGAUAAAAUUAAGUAUUAACUAGAGAUUGUAAAAAUUAUAUAAUAUAAAAGUAUCAUUUUCUCUUUAUUAUACAGUAUACACUGUUGCUUUCAGAAUA